AUGUUGUCCCUCAAGCAGAAGAUGAUCGGGUUGAACCUGUACUGCGGGGGCUCCCCGGCGGUGGCCCCAGAGCCGGCAGCGGCCCCCGCCGGCGGAGGGAGCCCCGCGGCAGGCGCGGCGGCGGCGGCUUCGGGCCGCGGCCUCUGGGCCCCCUCUGAGGGGGCGCGGCCGCUGAUUGGCGGGGGGCCUCGCGCCGGGGCCCCCCGGGCGCUGAUUGGGCCCCUCGAAGGGGCGCCCCGCUCGCUGAUUGGCUGGUCGGCGCCUCAGCCGUUGAGGCCCGCCAAACUGCCGCUGCCCGAGGAGGAGCUGGACGGCUGCGAGGCUGACGCGGAGGAGGCCCGGCAGCCCGAGCGCGGCCCCUCGCCCGUUCCCUCGCCCACCGCCUCCCUCGCCUCCCCGGCCGACGACGACGGCGAGGCGGCGGCGGAGGAGGCCGGGAAGGGCGCCGCGGCCCCCGAGGGCGGGGACGGCCUGCGCGCCGAGACGCUGGAGGUGGUCCUGCGCUACUUGCUGGAGGUCGCCGACGCCGAGGGGGCCAAGAGGGGGGGAGGGGGAGGCGCCGCCGCCGCCGAGGGCCGCGCCAAGGCCCUGGGCGCGCUGCUGGGGCGCUUCGGGCCCUCCGCCGCCGCCGCCCCGGCCCCCUCCUCGGCCCGCGUGGCCCGGACGGUGGAGACGCUGCGCAGGGUGGGCGACGGAGUCCUCGAGAAGCACCGGCUGGCCUUCCAAGGAAUGCUUAAAAAGUUGGAAAUCAAGAACCAGGAUGACCUGAAGUCUGUUUCAGAAGUUGCAACGCACGUCUUCAGUGACGGCAUAACAAACUGGGGACGCAUUCUGACUCUCAUCUCCUUUGGUGGUUUUGUUGCCAAACACCUGAAGAGUAUAAACCAGGAGAGCAACAUCAUUCCUUUGGCAGAGAUAAUCACCGACGUUCUGGUGAAAGACAAACGGGAAUGGCUGGUCAGUCACAAUGCCUGGGAGGGAUUUGUUAAGUUCUUCCAUGUGGAGGACAUAGAAGGCAGCAUCAGAAACAUUCUGAUUGGCUUUGCAAGCGUUGCUGGCAUAGGAGCAGGCUUGGCCUACAUGAUCCGGUGAGCCACGAGAGCGCUCCCUG